AUGGGGAAUGGCAACUUUCUACACCGAUGUGACCCUAUGGAGGCAGAUGGGGCGCCCUCACUCACACACCAGACCGAGACACGAGCCAGGCCAAUUGCACCCGCAGGGAGAACAGCGCGACAGCAAAAACGGAGGGCCAGCUGGGGAGAAGCGAAGAGGGCACGGAAAGGAGCUGGUGGGAGAGGAGGAGAGGAGGAGGGAUUCCGAGAAGUCGAAGAUGUUGCCGUCGGUGCCUGUUCGCUACCAGCAGAAUGCUUAUCUGGGUCACUGACCACACAGCUCGAAGGGAGCGACCGACGUAACGUCCAUGGACACGGCCGGGCAGCAUCGCGACACGCAUGA